GCUUCAUAUACAAUGAAUGAGUCAGUCGCCUUUUUACAGUUGAACCCACCAGACAUUAAACAAUUUUAGCUUUUAAGCUGCUCAACAUUUUCCAUUCGCAGAAUGAGUUUCGAAGGAAAAGUGGUUCUGAUUACGGGUGCUAGUAGUGGAAUAGGCGCCGAUGCAGCUCGACAUCUGGCAAAAUUAGGUGCACAAGUAUCGAUUGUUGGUAGAAAUAAAGAAAGACUAAGCCAAGUAGCGGAUGAGAUUGAGGAAUCUGGUGCAAUAGCUCCUUUAGCAAUUGCUGAAGACGUAACAAAAAACGCCCAACAAAUAGUUGACGAAACAAUCGAACACUUUGGGCAGUUAAAUGUGCUUGUCAACAUCGCUGGAAUUGCUGUGAUGGACGAUACUUAUACGCUUAAGACGGCAGAAUUAAACCGAAUUUUCGAUACAAAUGUUACUAGCGUUAUCACCAUGACGCAAUUGUGUGUGCCGCAUCUGGAGAAAACCAAAGGCAAUAUUGUGAAUGUGUCCAGUAUUUGUGGUUCUAAAUCGAUUCCCAACUUUACGAGCUUUUGUAUGUCAAAGGCAGCACUCGACUCGUUUACGAAGUCUGCAGCUUUGGAUUUAUCAUCAAAGGGUAUACGAGUCAACAGUGUUAAUCCAGCUAUGAUCCGAACAUCAAUCCUAGAAACAAUGGACUAUACCGCAGAGCAAGCCAAACACCUAUACGAUGAAGAAGGAAAACGAUAUCUGAUUGGGCGUGUUGGUGAAGUGGCGGACACCAGUGCAGCGAUCGCAUUUUUGGCUGAUGACAACACAGCAUCCUUUCUCACUGGUGUUCUAUUGCCAGUUGAUGGCGGAAUUUCGACUGGUCUGUUACAUAAAUAUUAAAACAUUGUACUCCAAUUAUCUUUCUUUUCAAGCAAGCCUACGCAAUAUAUGAUGUGUAUGUCGUGACGAAAUUAUCGUCAUUUUUUCGUGGAUAUAAACCAAAAUAUACUUGUUUAUCAGCAAUGCUCGCAUUUUUGUCGAUAAGUGAUUUUUGUUCCAAGGGCUCAGUUAAA